AUGCCUAAUCCUUUCCUGAGGACACCUCAAUCGCCUCUGCAGGCGUCUAGAAAGCCGUCGGUGGUCGAACUUCUCUCGCUGCCACCGCCACUCCCAUCCCCCGACCACGACGAUGUACACAGCUUCAGUCUCUCGCGGCACACAAGCAUGUCUUCCGUGGCCACUGGUGCCACGGGUGACCGUAGCCGUGGAUCUGUAAGCGCUGGGACCACAUCUGGCGGUGUAGACUGGAGUGAUAUUAAGCUCAGUGAACUCACCGAGCCACAAAAACUCAUCUCUAUCAACUCGGGCUACACUGUUCAGGAAGCAUUCAAGACACUUGUCACCCAUAACUUGACGUCGGUGCCGGUAUCGCUUUCCAAAACCGAUUCUUCUGACUUGGAAAAUUGUCUCUCGUUUGAUUAUUCCGACCUUAACACCUAUCUUUUGCUCCUCUUUGGUAGGGCUAGAUUGGAUGCAUUGAGUGUAGACGAAAUCAACGUGGAGGGCUCGAUGUCGAAAUUGGAAUAUGCUCAACAAAUGGUUAACAAAGCCAAACAUGGAGGUGAGGUGCCGGUUGAUUUCAUUCUCAGAUUGCAUCCCAAAAACCCGUUUAUUAAAUUCCCCGAGCAGGAAACUCUUUAUCCUGCCAUGGAGGCAUUGGGAAACGGUGUUCAUAGAGUGGCCAUUACGAAGGAUUCCAGUCCUCAUGCUCCAAUUACUGGUAUUCUUUCGCAGCGUCGUCUUAUAAAGUACAUGUGGGAAAACGCUCGUCGAUUCCCAUCGCUUGACUUUCUUAUUAACUCGACAAUCCAAGACCUCAAUAUUGGUCUGCUGAAUCCCUUGACUAUACAUGGUGACCAGCCAUUGAUCGAUGCUCUUCAAAAGAUGUUCACUGAACGGGUGUCAUCAUUGGCAGUUAUUGAUCGUUCUAGGUGUCUUAUGGGUAACAUUUCCAUCGUGGAUGUGAAGCAUGUCUCUAGCUCGAAGAACCAGGAUCUUCUCUUCAAGUCGGUUCUCAACUUUAUCAGCUACAACUUAUCACAAAAGGGUAUUGAGGCCGGUCAAGACCAGUAUCCUAUAUUCCAUGUUUCCAACCAGUCAUCACUCGGCCGAGUCAUUGCAAAACUAGUGGCCACCCAAUCGCAUCGGUUAUGGGUGGUGGAAUCCCGUCAAGUGAAGCACCAUGCUUCGUCUUCUGGUGGGUUUGGUUCCAUCUCCGGAACCCGUUCCGGCUCCAUUUCUGGUGCGUCCAGUGCAGGACCCGUGGAAGCAGCCCUCAGUCCGCAGUCAUCCAGCAAUAAUUCUGCUGCUGCUGCUGCCGCCGCCGCCGCUUCCAAUCCUUCGACAGGAUCCGGGUCGGUAUCCGGAUCUGUCUCCGGAACCAAUUCCGCACUGGGCACGGGUGCUGGCGAUCUGGGACUCCCAGGAAAGCUCAUAGGAGUGGUUACACUCACGGACAUACUUGGGCUUUUUGCCGAAUCGAAAUAUGGUAAGAAAAUUGAUCCUGGACUUGCCAGAAGGCAAAGAAGACGGUCUUCUACGUCAACACGGUCAAGUAUUGAUACUACACAAGGAGAGAUUUUCCGCAAGUCGUACACAAAGCAGGAAGGAGUGUUUGGUAAAGAAUGA